AUGGCCGCCAAGGCCGCGCGGUACACCAUCAUUUUUGUUCCAUUUCCAGCGCAGGGCCAUGUCACCCCGACGCUGCGCCUGGCGCGCACCCUCGUGGACCAUGGGGACGUCUCAGUCACCGUUGCCGUACCCGACUUCAUCCAUUGCCGCAUGGCCCAGCUGUCCAUCCCAGGGGUGGCUCUCGUCUCCAUACCCAGCGGCAUCCAAGAUGACGGCAACGGUGAGCCCCCAGGACCCCCAAGCUUCCUGCACGCCCUAGAGCACUACAUGCCGGCUCAACUGGAGGGCAUGCUGACGACAGAGCGCGGCAUAGUAGGGGCCCGCCGUGUAUCGUGCCUGGUUGUCGACCUCUUGGCGUCAUGGGCAAUAACCGUGGCUGCGCGCCUCGGCCUGCCGGUGGUCGGCUUCUGGGUGGGGAUGUCGGCAACCUACCGCACCGUGGCGGUGAUCCCGGAGCUUAUGGACAAGGGUCUCAUUUCAGAAUCUGGUACCAUAGUAUCACCUGACCAAAUCGACAGUGGCCAUUGCAACAUACACCAGAACAUUGCAGAUCUCCACAUAUUGCCUGCAAAGUUAAAACUGAGAUUCAAAGAUCUUCCGUGGCUCAUUAGCAGUAGCGCAGUAUCCCAGAAAUCAAGAUUAGCCUUCUGGUUACAAACAGUGAAUCGUGCGAAAACCAUCCGCUCCAUCCUUGUCAACUCCAUCAAUGGUGAGGGUGGCGACUCUGAGUUGUAUGAUCCACCACAGGGUCAGGAAAUCCUACCCGUUGGCCCGCUAUUGUUCAAUGAUGACUCGAAGAAGACGACUGCAAUGUGGCAGGUUGACCAGACUUGCAUUGGUUGGUUAGACAAGCAGAGUGUUGGUUCAGUGAUCUAUGUAUCAUUCGGAAGCUGGGCUGCACCUAUGGAACCUGAGAAAAUAAGCGGAUUUGCGCAUGGUUUGGAGGCCUCGGGCCGCCCAUUCUUGUGGGCUCUCAAGAACCACCCAUCAUGGAGAGCAGGCCUCCCUGACCGGUACAUGGAGAAGGUCGCCUGCCAUGGCAAGAUUGUUUCAUGGGCACCACAGGAUGACAUUCUUAAGCACAAGGCAGUGGGGUGCUAUAUCACGCACUGUGGCUGGAACUCAGUGCUGGAAGCUGUACGCCAUGGGGUUCGCAUGAUAUGCUACCCAAUCUCUUCGGACCAUUUCAUCAACUGCGCAUACAUAGUUCACAUGUGGGAGGUUGGGAUUGCGCUGGAUAGCAGUGACCAGAGCAAUGUGAAAGAUUGCAUCGGAAGAGUCAUGGAAGGCGAAGAGGGAAGGCAUUUGCAGCAAAUGGUAAAUAAACUGAGGAAAACAAUCACUGUUGGUGAGGCAAUGUGUGUUGCCAAGAGGAGCCUCAGCUUGUUCAUGGAGAGAAUCAAGAACAAUUUGUCAGAUGAAGACAUCAGAAGAAAUCAAGUAACACCACAAAACUGUGGCUAA